CCUCUUUCACCUCGUUCCACCACCCACCCCCUUUUCCUCCGUGUCUGCGAUGGCCUCUUUGGACAAGCACGAUGCUGCCGCGGCCAUAGACGAGGACGCCCCGGGCCAGCCGAUAUCGGUGCCCGAUGCCAGCGACACCGGCGAGAGUGGCAAGCUCAAGAUGAUCGUUCAGCUCGUCAAGAAGUGCCUCGGUGUCAAGGAUAUCGCUGCGAUGCGCCUCUCUCUCCCUGCGUCAUUACUAGAGCCUAUCCCCAACCUCGAGUACUGGCAGUACCUGGAUAGGCCCGACCUGUUCGCUGCCAUCAAUGAUUCUGACGAUCCCUUCGAGCGUAUGCUGGCCGUACUCCGAUUCACCUUCUCGAAGGACCUUAAGUUUAUCAGGGGAAAGGUCUGCAAACCGUACAACUCGGUGCUGGGUGAACACUUCCGCUCGCACUGGGACGUCAUCCCCGUCUCCUACCCCUCGGACCCGAGCGAGCCCCCCAUUCACCAUCUCUAUGUGUCGCCUCCCGGCGCGGAGGUCGCGACUUCAUCAUGGUUCAAUACCCCUGCGACCCACUCAAUGCCCGACGUCGCCCACCCUUCGUUGUCCGAGACUGCAAGUGUCAAGAGCGGCAAGAGCAACAAGAGUGCGUUCAGCCGGUUCAGCUUCAUGUCCACCGCCGCGACAGCGAAGACCACGCCAGCGACCUCCCCCGAGCCCGUCGAGGGAAACAUCGAGGCUGGCCUGUCUAGCCUCAGCCUCGCGAACGACCGCGCCUCGGGCGCAGCGGACCUCCUGGAGACGGACGAGACGGCUGCGGACAAACCGCGCAUCCGCAUUGCCUUCCUCACGGAGCAGGUCUCGCACCACCCCCCUAUAUCGGCGUUCCACGCGUCAUGCCCCAGUCGUCAUCUAGAGCUCGCGGGUGUGGACCAGAUCUCUGCCAAGGUCUCUGGGACGACGUUGCGCGUCAUGCCGGGUACCUUCAACAAGGGUAUUUACGUCCGCAUUACGGGCGAGCCCGGGGAGGGCGAGAUAUACCACAUCACGCACCCCGUCGCCUCGGUGAACGGAUUGCUCCGUGGUAGCUUUUACGUGACCGUUGGGGAGACGACGAUCAUCACCUGCUCCGGGGGCAAGGACGGGCUGAAACUUCGCGCGAUCAUCGAGUACAAGGAGGAGUCGUGGCUCGGGCGCGCGCAGUUCUUGUGCGAGGGCAUCAUCCACACCUACGACCCCAAGGAGACGGUACACGAGGAGUGGACGCGCAUCAAGCACGUUCCGCGCGAGCGUGUGCUCGCGGUCUUUGACGGUUCCUGGCGGGAUCGCGUCCGCUGGAAACGUGUCGACGCGCCGGAUACCGAGUACGCGACGCUGCUGGACCUGUCGACGCUGCACGUGAUCCCGAAGACGGUGCGGCCGCUGGAGAAGCAGCUGCCGACGGAGAGCAGGAAGCUGUGGGAGAAUGUGACGACGAAGCUUAUAUCGAAGGAGUACAGUGAGGCGACGAAGCACAAGCUCGUUAUUGAGCAGAAGCAAAGAGACGAGGCGGCGGAGCGCAAGCGCAAAGGAGUCACUUUUGUUCCCCGGUACUUCGACCCCGACCUUUCGUCGGGUCUGCCGGAGCUCACGGAGGAAGGCCGAAAGGCGAUCGAGGAGGAGCUUAAGGAGCCUGCUGAGCACAAGCUAGAGGAUGAGAGCGGGUCGACGUCCACCCCAAGCUCGAGCUCCACCGCAUGAACAUCACGAUCUACUUACACGUCUCGUCUGUACAAUACAUAUACCACUGACCGCCUCCAUCUCGCCGCAUCUCGCACGGACGUGUCUGCAACCGUUGUACGAAUCGGAACGGAGGUAGCUAAUGAUUUUGAAUCAUCACAUAUAUAGGUAGCAGCAUGUCCACGUCUGUAUAUACACCGCAAUGUGCUUUCUUGAGUCGCGAAUGCGGCCUCUCCGUAAUAGAUGCGAUAUGUGUUCUC